AUGACGCAACAGGAGAUGGAACAGGAAGAGGUUAUCAUCGGGCAACCAAUAAAGCUGAAGGAUGGAGGGAAUCGUGUCUUGAGCGAACUCUACCCAGACUCAGCACUUUUCCAUAACUGGGGUGAAGGCCUAUCAGAGUCCCAGCAGACUGAAGCUCAGAGCCUCUUCAUGAAGUUUGGUUACAAUGUUUACCUGAGUGACCAGUUGCCCCUCAAUCGGUCUUUCAAAGACGGUCGCAAUCCCAGGUGUCUUGAGAAGACAUAUCCACACCAACUUCCAACUCUCAGUGUCAUUCUCACAAUUAUGAAUGAAGCCAUGUCAAUCAUACAACGGGCCAUCAACAGCAUCAUCCAUCGGACUCCUGCCCAUCUGCUGAAAGAGCUCAUCCUGGUAGAUGACUUUAGCUCAGAUGAUGAACUAAAGGAAAAUUUGGGUAAACAGAUCCAGGUUUACAACCUCAAGUAUCCCAAGCUGCUGAAGCUGAUUCAUCACACGAAGAGGAAGGGGCUCACUCAGGCCCGUAUCUCUGGCUGCAAAGCUGCUAAAGAGGAUGUGGUCAUUAUCUUAGAUGCUCAUGUUGAAGUGAAUGUUGGUUGGGCAGAGCCCAUCUUAGCAAGGAUCCAGGAAGACCGCACUGUGAUUGUGUCUCCCAUGUUUGGCAAAAUUCAUUUUGACACCUUGGAAGUGGAACAUUAUCCCUUAGCCUCUAUUGGAUUUGACUGGGCCCUCUGGUGCCUCUACAAUCCUGUGCCAAAAAGCUGGUUUAAAUUGAAGGAUGAUACUGCACCAGUGAAGAGUCCUUCCAUCAUGGGCAGCUUUGCUGCAGACAGACUGUUCUUGAAAGAGAUUGGAUCCCUUGAUAAAGGAAUGCAAGUCUAUGGAGGAGAAAAUGUGGAACUAGGCUUGAGGGUGUGACAGUGUGGAGGAAAGAUUGAGAUCCCCUGUUCCCGGAUUGUUCACCUGAAGAGAGCCUUCAAACCCUAUGCUUGGAAUCUAGGGCAAUUCAUGAGACGCAAUGCUCUUCGUGUGGCUGAAGUCUGGUUGGAUAAUUAUAAAUCCAUGGUUUACUAUUACUGGAAUCUGCCUGUGGAGAACAAUGGAAUAGACUAUGGAGACGUGUCUUCCAGAAAGAAACUCAGGAAGAAACUGAAUUGUUGAAGUUUUGACUGGUACCUCAAAAAUGUUUAUCCAUCUCUGAAGCCAAUUCGAAACAUUGUCAGUUAUGGAAUAAUGAAAAAUGCUGUGGAUGAGAUGAUCUGCAUUGAUCAGGGACCUGUCUCAGGAAAAACUCCAAUCAUGCAUACUUGCCAUGGAUAUGAAUCACAGGUUGUGUUCUACUUUCUGACUGGAGAGCUGUACCUGGGACUGUUAUAUGAUGAUUGGUUCUCCAAAUAUCAGUGCCUUGUGGAUCCUGGCCAAGGGCUUGAGCCAGAAUUAGCAAUGUGCCCUGAUGCGACAUAUAAAGGAAUGCAUACACUUUGGGAUUUUAAACAGGGGGCAGCUAUCAUCAACAAGGACACCAAAAGGUGCUUGGAAAUCCAGCAAGAUGACUCAAGAUCCUAUACUCUCAUCCUCCAGGAGUGUACAGGGCAAGAGUGGAACAUCCAACAUGUUGUCAGAGACUGGGAGAGCUCUCAGUAG